AUGCCGUGGCAAACACCCACAAUUGAUUCUCGCCCUGUUGCGGUUCUUGGUGCUGGUGUGCUUGGCCGUCGAAUUGCCUGCUCAUGGGUUGCGGGGGGUUACAACGUGACGAUUCGGGACCCCAGCGCGGAGCAGCGGCAAGCCGCAAUCCAUUAUAUCGAUAACAACCUCGCUGAAUUCUCCAAAAUCCUUGACAAAACAACCACGGGGCCUGGAAAAUAUGCCGCAUUUGAGGAUUUGGAUUCUGCAGUCAAAAAUGCUUGGUUUGUACUUGAGGCAGUUCCUGAAAAGCUUGACCUGAAAACCUCGACCUUCGGGAUCCUGGCUAUGAAAGCUCCCAAAGACUGCAUCUUUGGCUCCAAUUCAUCUUCAUAUAAAUCUAGCUUAAUGCUGGAUAACAUGGAUGAAGAAGCCAAAAAGCGGGCUUUGAAUGUGCACUACACCAUGCCUCCGAGCAAUAGAGUUGUGGAGCUAAUGACAAGCACGUAUACUCAUGACGAAAUAUUUCCAUUCUUGGUCGAAAAGCACAGAGAUAUUGGGUUGUUGCCUGCAGUAGCACGCAAAGAGUCUACUGGUUUCAUCAUCAACCGGCUUUGGGCUGCAGUGAAGAGAGAAACAUUGAACAUAUUGGCGGAGGGUGUCAGUGAUCCAGAGGAAAUUGACACCUUAUGGAUAGAAAUGUUUGGACGGGAUAAGGCGGGUCCAUGCGCUAUGAUGGAUGCUGUUGGCCUCGACACCGUAGCCUUCAUUGAAGAUCACUACAUCCAAGAACGCCAUCUAGAUGGGACAAAUACCGUUGACUUUCUGCGAAAUAAUUACAUCAAUGAAGGACGCCUCGGAGCUAAAGCAGGAAACGGAGGCUUUUACUCUCCUGGAUCCACCACCAAGUCUGAAGAAGGUAAACAAGAUUCCCAUGACGAUUUGGCAACUCCGACAUUAUACAUUUUAGACGUCGGACUUGGCGAGAAUAUCACCCAUGAUUUCCAGCACGCUGGAAGGAUUCUAGUCACUUCAGGAGAUGGUCAAAAUGCAAGACCGCUCAUCACUGGUCUUGAGGCACCGGAUGGAAUCGAUAUCAGCAUUUCUGAUGACCGUAUCUUCUGGACUAAUAUGGGCAUUCCAUCUCAGAAUAAUGGAUCCGUUCAAUCAGCUCGGAUUGAUGGUUCGGAAAUCCAGACAGUCAUUGCAAAAGGAUCUGUGCACACGCCUAAACAAAUUUCGAUUGACCAUUCGAACAAAAAGCUAUAUUUCAGUGACCGUGAAGGCCUGCGUAUGCAUAGGGCCAAUUUCGAUGGAAGUGAACAUGAAAUUCUGAUUGAGACGGGUGAUUUCAGGAAUACAUCAGACAAAGAGGAUCAGACUAAAUGGUGUGUUGGAAUAACCGUCGACCCCAAAAACGGAAGGUUUUAUUGGACUCAGAAAGGCUUCAGUAAAUCUGGAAAGGGCAGGAUUUUGAGGUCCAAUAUCGUCAUGCCGCCCGGCGCAACAGCCUCGACGCGAUCCGAUAUUGAGACCGUUUUUGAAAACCUGCCGGAGCCGAUUGAUCUCGAGAUUGACACCGAGAGCAAGACAAUUUAUUGGACCGACCGUGGUGAAUAUCCACUGGGUAAUACGCUCAACCGGGGCUAUGUUGGUGACCAACAGAAUGGCAAAGCUUACGAGGUCCUUUCAAGGCAUUUGCAUGAGGCAAUCGGUCUUAGGUUAGACAAAGUCAACAAGCAAAUUUAUUUUACGGAUAUGGGAGGGACCGUGUAUCGCACUGAUGCUGAUGGGAAGAACAAAACGGCGAUUUACAACAGUGAUUCCACUUUCACGGGAAUCACUCUGGCUCACCUCAAUUGA